AUGGGACACCUUAGAAAAGAUAUGGGAUACCUUAGAAAAGAUGUGGGACACCUCAGAAAAGAUAUAGGACACCUUAGAAAAGAUAUGGGACACCUUAGAAAAGAUAUGGGAUACCUUAGAAAAGAUGUGGGAAACCUCAGAAAAGAUAUAGGACACCUCAGAAAAGAUGUUGGACACCUCAUGAAAGAUGUUGGACUCUUGAGAAAAAAAAAUGAGGGGGGGGACAGUCAAAAGGUACCCGAUCCUAGGCUAUUACCACGCGCACUUUGGUUGUCCCUAAGAGACCCGAAAUAUCAUCCUGCACCAUACAUCUCAAACCUAGAAAUGUUGUAA